AUGCUGGCCGAAUCCGAAACCCCCGUCAGCAACGGGGAUCCGCCGAAGCUCCGGGCUGCCUGUGAGAAUUGCCGACAGUCAAAGGUGAAAUGUAAUCUAUCUGGGAAAGACACCUGCAUCCGCUGUAUGCGUCAUGGGUUGCCCUGUCGAUACCGCGUCGCCAAUCGUUCUGGGAAGCCAAAAGGGAGCAAGAACCGUGCCACGCUGCGGAAACUUGGGCAGUUGCAAGACGAGAAGAAGCCUACAAUACCUGCCAACGGAUGGGCAGAACCAGUAGCCAAAGGACAACCGCCUCGUAUCAGCUAUGAUGACAAUGGUGUCGACGCAACGAGUACGCAAAGCACCAGCCCAGCCAGUCAGUCCAGAAGCCCCGAUAGCCACGGGGCGAAUUUGGCUGACACGACGUUGCUGACCGAUCAGACCAUGGAGUAUCCAUCAAUAGGGGAGACGCUGGCCCCAAUGUUCAAUCCCUCCAUGUCGCCGCCAUUCCUCCCGAAGGAGUUCAUCUCCCGGGGCUUCACCGGCUGUCCGCUCGCCGUCCAGAUCCCCAACCCACUACAGCCCUGUGAUUGCACCAACACACUCUUAUACAACGUAAACCAGAUCCGGACCAUGCUGGCAGAGAGCAUGCGUCUUCGACUGGACCAGAUCCUACAGGGCAUCAACAUUGCAUUGACCGCGUGUCGGACCUUUCUCCGAUGCCCCAAUUGUCACAAAGACCACACAAACCUACUGUAUUCAGUAUCCAUACUGGAUACUACACUCCAGCUCUUCGAGUAUUGGACCUCGUAUGAGCUCUCAUCCGCGCCUCCUGGCGACCACAACAUGAUCCUUCCCUACGGCGAGUACGAGAUGGGCCCGGACGAGACGCGCCGGAUCCGCCGGUACCUCAUCCGAGGUCGAGCCCUGCAGUGCAGAGAGGUAUUGGGGCUACUAAAGGACGCAGUCGAAAUGAGCCGACAUCUGACUCCCGAGCUCCGAGAGCUCAAUGGGACGGACGGACUGGAGGUGGAAUGGUUCCAGCAGAUGCUGGGGGGGUAUGAUACGAUGGUGGAGACGAUUUUACGAGCGAUGUCGGAUAAUCUGUGCACGUAG